CCAACUUUUAAUGUCACCGCUUUGUAGAUGCCACUACUUGGAACUCUCUUUGUUUGCCAUGGCCACCUAUAAUCUUAGUUGCUAUCUUAUUGUGAUGCCAAGCUUUGGUAUGGGUCCUUUACAGAUGAAAUUGUGUGUUCGUUUUGAAUCCACAUAUUCCCAUGAUAGCCACUCAUCUACUAUAGUUUGCCACUCCAUGGCUUGAGAAUGCCCAACAAAUUUCACUUAGAAAUGCUUUUCUUCUUCUUCUUCUUCUUCUUCUUCUUCUCUGACAACUGAACUUGUCUCCUCUGAGAAAACCUUCUGAGAAAACCUCUGACUCCCUUGACUUCGUCUCCAUGGCCCCAUCAGGGCGGGCCACCUCUGUCCUCGUCUCUUCCUCCCGGAACUCGUUCUAGGGUCUCCUAGGCAAACAUUGUCGACUCCAACUCUAAACUCCCCUUAAUGGAAAUUCCUCUCCACCUUCAACGUGAAUACUUUGACAAAAUCAAGAACACCUCCAAAUCGUUUGUCUCCAUUGAUCAAGACCUUUGGCUCCAUGCUAGAAAUGCCAUGCAAUCUUCAUUAUACCCAAAAUUUCUUGGUAAAUCUCUUCCUCUUGACCAAACUAACUUGCUCUCACAAACACUUGGAGAGGACUCGGUGCCUUUUUGAUCGUUGAUUUCCCGAAUGGAUACUACUUCAUUAGAUGUGAAUCGUUGGAAAUGCAGAACCGUCUCCUCUGGGAUGCUUCUUGGACUGUGGCUGGACGUAUUCUCCAACUCUCCCCUCAGCAAGAAUCAUUCCAACUGGCCUUCGAGAAGCUCUCGAUGGUUGCUUUCUGGAUCAAAAUCUUUCAUCUUUCCAUGGAGCUCUGGGGUGGGGACAUCCUUGAGAUGGUGGCUUCCCAAUUUGGCCGAGUUCUAAAAGUUGACGAACACACGCUUGAUUAUUUCAGAGCCAAAUUCGCCCGUGUUUGUGUGGAGGAUGAUCUUUCCCAACCUCGUCAACUAAGCACUUGGUUUUUUGUUGCAGUUGUGUAGAAUCAACCAUGGUGAAGCUCACUGCUCAUUCCCCAGCAAUCAUCUGCAAUUGGAGCAACCUAUGCCCCCAGAACUGGUGGUUUAAGGGUCAGUGAAUGUUUCUCCUGAUAUACAGAUUGAUGAGGUUGGAAGGGAGCAAGAUGGCUCUUCCGACUUGGUUCUCCCCCAUAAUGCCAUCUCUGAAAAUGAUCGUGACUUCGGUGCCUAGUUAAUUCCUUGAAAUAGAAGCACCAGAUCCUAGGGUUGUUAUUGUGGUGGUGCCCAUUCCGGUGUCCAUGGUGGUGGAACCAGUGACCACGAUGGUGGUCAUUACAACGGUGGUGCUAAACCAAGCCCUAAUCCCCCUCAGGUUAAAGUUCCUCCGAUGACUGACAUGUGUUAGCAUGCAUGUCCUCCUUCGGGUCCCGAGGGAGAGUUGCCUUGCAUGUACGCGACACAUGGUAGUCGUUCUUUGUGAGGCGGACGUCACAUCAAUUUUAAAAACCCCUCAUUCCUUGGAAAUCCUCACACCGCCCUCUCGCUCUCCCCAAUGUUUCUUCUUUGCCUCGAGACCCUUCGGCUUUUCCUAUUCUCUCUAGCAAACUUGAUGAGGAUCCCUCUCUCUGUCCUUAAAGAGACCCUGAGGAAAAUCCUAGUCUUCAUAUGAGAGUAGACUGGCCGUUGGGACUGAUGAGGGUGGCCCUUCGAAGGCUCUGCGGUUCCCCAACCCUAACUCUUUACACUCUCCUUUACUCAUCACCUCCGCUAAUCUCUCUGCUAUAGAGAAUCAUUUGCAAAAUGACGGUCAUCUAUUAACUGUGGAGAAAGUUGUUACUGCUCUCUCUAGUGGUUCAACAGUUGAUCAAAACAUGGAAGGUUUGUCUUCGCCUUUGCUUUCAGACUCUGAGUUCUCUAACGCUACAAUGGACCUAGAUAAUAAUAUGACUCUUAGCCACUAUCAAAAAGACAUCAAACUUGAAGCUCUGGCACGAAGGGGUCCUUCAAAGAGCUCUUCUCGCUUGAAGAAAGGGAGAAUCACUCCUAUCUCCUAACUCUUUCCUUCUUUUUAUUGCCUUUUCAUGGAUCUAAAAAUCUUCACUUGGAAUUGCAGAGGUCUCUCUAAUAGGAAAACCCUGGAUUGCAUCCAUGAUAUUAUGUGAAGGCUCAAGCCAAACCUUCUUUUGUCUUGUUGAAACUAAAUCAAAUAAAAAUUGUAUUCAUCGUUUAUGUGGUACCUUUUCAAAAUUUUGGGAUUGGGCUGCUAUCCUGUCGAUUGGCCUAUUUGGGGGUAUCAUCGUCCUUUGGAGACGAGACUUUGGCCUCGUUACCCUGGUCGCUAACUCUCGUUCUGUCCUCCAUCUGGUGAUUUCUUCUGACAACAUCUCUUGGAUCCUUUCAGUUGUCUACAACUCUCAGGUGUUCACUCUUCAAAACCUUAUCUGUAAAAAUCUUUCUGGUAUUUCUGCUCUGAACACUCGGUUUCUGACCGGGGAUUUCAAUGCUAUUAUUUCUGAUGAAGAGCAUAGAGGUGGUUCUUUUCGCAACUAUAUUUCCAAAGCUUCUCUUUGCUCCAGUUUUAUUCUUAAAAAUAAUCUUAUCAAUUUUGGCUAUAUUGGCCCUAGCUUCACCUGGUGCAAUGCCCAUUCUGGCCUUUCCAGACGGUGGGCUAGGUUGGAUCGCUACCUUGCCAAUCCUAGAUGGAUCUCCCUUUUUAAAAAUUUUUCAAAUCGUCACCUCCCUCGUACUAACUAUGAUCAUUCUCCUAUCUUUCUUUCUAUUUUUUCUUUCCCCCAUUCUUUUAAUAAAAGAAUUUUCAUUUUGAAAAAUUUUUGGUUUGACUAUGCUGGUUGUAAUGACAGCGUUGUUAAAGCUUGGAACUCUCCCUCCUUGGCUUCUCCUAUGCAUUCUUUUUCUCAUUUUAUCUCCCAAACUAAACAUAAUAUUCGCAGGUGGAAAGCCUUUGGUGUCCACCAUCUUGACAAAAAAAUAAAAAAUAUUGAAGUGGAGAUUCAAAACAUUGAGGGAGCGACCAGUUCUAUUGACAGCUCUUGGCAGCAAACCUGGGUUCAAGCUCUUUACAAUCGGCAUUCGGCUCUUCUUCGCCAAAAUUCUAUCUAUUAGGGUUAGAGAGCGAAGAUGCUUUGGAUAUUGGAGGGAGAUCGUAAAUCUAAAUUCUUUGAUUCUUCUGUCAAAAUCAGACACCACAAAAACAAGAUGCAUGCUAUUAAGGACUCUUCAUGUAUUAUCUUUACUGAGCAUUCUGGGUUGAAAACUAUUUUUUUUAUUUCUAUAAAACUCUUUGGCACUCCUCUUCCAAUUUUAA